AUGAAAGUGUUCAUACUGAUCGUAGUGCUGGUGGCUCUACUGGGGCCAUCUAUUGUGAAUGCCUCAUGUGGCACGUGCACGGACUCGCACAGCUGCAUCGGAGAAUCAGUCUUCCAGAUAUGCUACGAUGGUGUCCGGGAUCAGACCGUCAACUACACCUGCCCUGAAGACCGACCCAUUUGCACGGUCUACGAUAUCAUUUGCCUGGCCAAUGGAACGGACACUCAGCGUGCCUGUGGGGAUGUCUCGAGCUGCGAUGUUUGCACCGGAACCUUUGCCUGCACUUCUCUGACCACAUUUGCCAUUUGCGACAAUGGAGCGGUCUCCGGCAACCAGCUCACCUGUGCCGACGACAACGUCUGCAGUGUGAAGGGUGCCGCCAGUGGAAGUCCCUGCGUUUCCCGAUGCGACUCGACGGAAUCGGAUAUCUGCGACAGGGUUUUGGAAACCGAUGAUGUAGUGAGCACCACUCCUUCAACCGGAACCACUGCUAGCCCUUCUACCGAUUCUUCAUCGGUAAGCACGGAGUCUUCCACCGGAACCACUGCUGGUGAUAGCUCCACUGGGUCUUCUUCCGCAACCUCCUCGGAGACCUCGUCGGAUGUCACCACGGAGGGCACUGUGACAGGCAGUGAUAGCACCACCGCGAGCACUGGAACCACUCCAGCCUUCAACGAAAUCGAAUACUGCCAGGGAAUCAACUCAACGGGUCGCUAUCCCAUACCCAGUGAUACAGUUUGUACAAGCUUUAUCUACUGCGUUCUCAGGAGUGGCAGCUGGACGGGAUUGCUCUACAAUUGCCCCACGACGAAGCCCUAUUUCGACGCUGAUAUCUACAAUUGUGGCACAGUAAAGCCAGCCUAUGCGGGAUGCACCAAUUUAGUCUAAAUCCAUAUUAUAUACUACCUUUCUAAUAAAAUCAUAUUCUUAUUUAAUGAAGAAAAA